AAUAAUAACCUUAAAAAAUCAAAAAAUAUGGAUUCCACCAAUACUUUUAAAUUCACUGCCAGAGUAAGACCCGACAAAGAAAAAUUAAUCGAAGAUUUAAAAAAUUUAGACUAAUCUGAGCAAGACUUUUUAAAAGAACACAUUGAAAAAAACAUCCAACAUAUGGUUUUAACCGGAAAUUCAUAUUCUAAGAAUUUUUGUGAAUAACUAGGCGAAUAUUUCAAAAAAUCCUAAAACUUAAUAAAAAUUGAUAUACAUGAUAUUUUUGUGACUCGUUUAAAAACAGAAAUUCCAGAAGCUAUAUCAUUUUUAGGAAAUUCUUUAAUAGGCAAAAAUAUUACAGAGUUAGAUAUAUCCGAUAAUGCUGUAAAUCCUUUCGGAGCAAAAGCAUUAGUUCCAUUUUUGGAAUAAGCUACAAACUUAAAGGUAUUCUUAAUAAAUAACGGUGGAUUAGGUAUAGAUGGAGUAAUAACAAUAUCAUAAGCAUUAUCUAAAGGAACUCCUAACUUAGAAAAGUUAUCUUUAACAAGAAACAGAGCUGAAAACGAAGGAGCUAUAGCGCUUUCUAAGGCACUUCCAAAUUUAAAAAAACUAAAAGAACUAAUUGUAUUUUAAGACGUAAUAAAAAAAGAUGGAAUGAUAAACUUAUUAAGAAGUUUGGCCGAAAACUGUCCUGAGUUAGAACUUUUGGACGUAAGAGAUAAUUUCAUAAGUGAAGAGGCUGUAAUUGAGUUAGUAAAUUUACUAAAGAAAACAAAAAAUUUAAAGGCUUUAAACAUAUCUGACUGUAAUAUUUAAGAAAAAGAAAAUACAGCAAUUGUAGAGGCUAUUGCUAUUUCAGAAAAUAAACUUGUAAAGCUGGGAUAUAUGUACAAUGAAUUAAAUGAUGUUUAAGCGAAAAAACUUGUUGAUGCUUUAGUAUUAAAAGGAACAUAAUUAUAAUAAUUAGAUAUUAAAGGAAAUGAUUUAUCCGAACUAACUCAAAAAUAUUUCAAAGAAAAGCUAAAAGAUAAUUUAAGUUCUUUAAGUAAAUUUGAAAGUGAUGAUGAAGAUGACGAAGAUUAAUAAUUAAUUAAAGAUUUUGCUUAAUUAAAAAUAUGA